GUUCAGUAUGUUAAGCCAAGCUAAGCCAAGGUUGGAGCCGCUUCAGUGUUUCUUCAACAGCAAAAUACGAAUACCGAAUCAACCGAAUACCAUGUUGAGAACUUCCAUUAUGGACCAAUGUGAACGCCAACUUCCAACCUGAGGUCUUGAAUCCACAGAGCUUGAGCCGUGGAGCUCCAUGAGAUACUCCUUGACAGCUCCGUAGGAUUAUCGUAGUUGAGCCUGCUCGAAGGGAAACCUCAAGGGAAACCCAUCUACUCAAGGGAGGCCUGUCUUUUAGGUGUUCCGCAUGGUUUCGUGCCAACCUGUAACAGUCCAAAGGGAAAUUUGCGACAUAAUAUGAUGGCCAAGUCUUUGAUCACGCUAAAGAACUUUUUUAUAUAUAAUCCAACCUACGGAAUUAAAGAAGACGAGGAACAGAAGAAGCUCCUUUACUACCACCCUGAAAGUACAAGUGAGGAUAUUAAACUACGCAGCAUUGGAUUAUGCGAGGCAUUGGUCAGUUUUACGGGAACUUUCCAGCCUAGUGAGCCUUGCCAAGUGUUGCAUACCCAAAAGACGAGGCAGUUAUUUCUACAGCCAGAGAAAGACUUCUGGAUGAUCAUGACUGUGGGGCUGCCAUCACAACAGAAGUACCGCAAUGGACAGCUCUUUGUGGAGCACCUUUCCGAACAAGUGCAGGAUCACGUCUACAGGGCUGUCCUUCUUUCUGCAUACAGGAUGUUCAAGCUGUUCGUGGGAACGUUUUCGGAUCUGGUGUCACGUGGUGGUGUUGAUCAACUCAAGGCUCAGCUGAAGCAUUUUUUUGACAAGCACGUGGCAUCCAUUGGACUGCAGCAUGUGGACCUUCUAGAUGUCUUGAACGGCAUGCAGUUCCUUCCCUUGGACAGGCACGCUUUUCUGAAAGUGCAGUGCUUCAUUAACAUGCUCCAGUUCACAUUCAGGCAGAUCAGAUAUACUGUGUUCCUGUGCAAUGACCAGGUAGUAUGGAGUGGCUUGGAACGAGAUGACGUCCAAGUGUUGCAUCACUACCUAAAGCAGAAUAUCUUGCAAAGUGCUGUUGAGUCUGAGCUUCUGCCAGGAUAUACAGGAUCUUCUAAACAUUCACGAUUCUUAUGUGGAUCAAUAAAUGAUGGCACCUCCCCGUUGCGGAUACCUAAAGUUUGCUUAACAGGUGGGGAAGAAUGUUACCUCCUCAUCUUUAGGGCAUACAAUGCUACCCUCUGCAUCUUACUCAGCACGGCAAUUGCUACUGAAACAACAUUCCUGAAAGAACUGGAAGCCUUCCUGGCUGACAAGCUGAGUGCACUGGCCAGUGAGAUCAACAAGAACUAUACUAAGCUUGCCAACAUGACCACAGGAGAUGUGCAGUGCAAAUACCUCUACUUCAACCAUCUCAACCUGGCACACAAGUCUAGCAUCCACGUAGAUCGUCGAGUGCCCUGUGAAGUUGUUCGCUUUCUUGCUGACCUUCACCAGGACCUUAAACUGGUAAAGGAAUCUGGAGAAAUCAUGGCCAAGACGACAAGUGAAUGGUGGGUAGUGGGCAAGUCUUCAGGUCAGCGGGAGCUGUACGUCGUCCUGAAUCAGAAGAGUGCCAACAUCAUACAAGUAAGAGAAGAAGUUAAGAAGCUCUGCAGCGCACAGUUCAAUAAUAUAUUCUUUCUCGACUAGAAAUAAAUUUGAUGUAGAAACGUUCGAAAUUGCAUUUUUACCGCAGCCAUAGAAUUGCAGCCCACAGGGUGAUUGUGUACACUUUGUACAAAACGUAAGCUGAAGAAGCACACAGCAAGGGGUGAAUGCUAUUUCAUAGUGAACACUUGUAAACUUGUAGCUAUCCUCUUUGAGGAUUUGCCCUCAAUAAACAUUUACGCUCUGUUUCCGAUUUAACGCUU